ACGCGUAUCCAAUGAGGCCAUUAUUCAAUCGCCAUUACCGACCUCUCUUCCUCCUUAAAACCUCGCUUUCCCCGUCCCCUCUUUCCCAUUUCUUCUUCCAACCAAACAACAAACCACUCUCUCCUUUUCUCUCUCUACAAGUUUCAUAUUUUUUCUCUCUAUAUAUUGAAGCAAGGAAAUCGAGUUGUUUGUUAAUUUAAUUUUGCACACAAAAAAAAGGGGAAAAAAUGGCUCAGAGAACGGAGAAAGAAGAGACGGAGUUCAAGGCCGUACCUGAAACGAUAACGCUUUGCGUCAAUAAUUGUGGAGUCACCGGAAAUCCAGCCACCAAUAAUAUGUGUCAAAAAUGCUUCAACGCCACCACCGCUGCUACCUCAACUUCCGCCAGCUCGCCGACAGGGUCGGCGGUCACCAUUCCUCACAAGUUCGCUGAGAAAUUGGCUAGAUCUGAAAGAUCGGCUCGAUUUAGCUCGUUGAGGUCGUCGCCGGAGAGGAAGUCCGAUCUGGAAAGAACAAGUCAACAUCUGACGGUAAAGGAGGAUAAACUGAAGGAAAGCGAACCGCCGGCUAAGAGAGAGGUGAAUCGUUGCUCCGGUUGUCGGAGGAAGGUAGGGUUGACCGGAUUCCGGUGCCGGUGCGGCGAAUUGUUCUGCGGUGAACACCGGUACUCGGAUCGUCAUGACUGUAGCUACGACUACAAAUCCGCCGGCCGAGACGCGAUCGCGAGGGAGAAUCCGGUCGUCAAAGCAGCGAAAAUCAUUAAGGUUUAAAAGAAAAGAUAACACGUAAAAACGCAUCCUUUUUACCUUUAUCGUCAAAUUUCAAAUGAUGAAUUACGGAGAAACCGAAUUUGCAAACUCCAUAACUCUGCUGCUGUUAUUCUCGUCUCAGAGAGGGAGAGACGCACAACGAACAUCAAAAUAGCGAGAGAAGCUCGGAAAAAUAUGUUUUCAUAUAUUUAUAUAAUUUGAAGUGAAUUUGUUGUGUUGAAAAUUUAACUCCCUCUGUGGAUUGUUAUUGAAGAUAUAAUUUUUUUUCAAUGUUCGUUUUCUGUUUCGAUUAUUGAAAGAUAGCAACAGAAAGAUUGUGGCUUAGCAAUUGAUUUGUUCUUCGUUUAGUCCUUAUUUGGUUAUUGAGCUAAAUAAUGAAAUGGAGGUUUUAAUCA